AUGAAGAAAAGUAUUUAUUGUGAACUCAUCUGCGUACUUAUGUUUUACGUGCUGUUGGGAUAUGCUGUAGCAGCAACACUGUUUUUUUAUGGGUUUAAGCACAUUACGUCAUCAAGACAAAACGAUAAUAUAGGUUUUUCUCUAAAGAAUAAGGAGCAAAGAGAAGUAAUAGAUAAAGAAUAUGACGAUACAGAUUACAAAAGAUACCACGAUUAUGGAGCAGAUGAAAUGGCUGGAUUGGAACUAAGCGAUGCGAAUUUGACUGAUUCGAAAACCGUUGAAUGCGAUGAUAGCGGGAAAAUGCCAGAAUUGUCAUCACCAAGCGAACCAUCUGAUAGUGACACACAGUCCAUCGACGAAAGUAUAGAUUCAUCUCAUAAGUUGGAAGAUAACAGGAAAGACAUGAACAAGCCACAGUAUACCGAUGUAGGUUCUGAUCUGGCCGAUAAAACUAAAAUUGUGAGCAAACAUAAAAAGUACGUGCCGAACAAAAACGAUAAGUUGACGAGCUCUUUAUUGGAUCUGGUAAGGCAUGUUGAAGCAAUAACCGAAUCUGCAGAAGUGGGCGACAAUUCAGAACAUUUUUAUGAAUCAAUGAGUGCUAUUAUGGAAUGUGUCGAUGAACAUAUGAAACAAAUGGAUGCGAUGGAUAACAAGGAUUUAGAAGAGUUGAACGAUGAGAUUCUUAGACAUGAAUGCGAAGUUAUUUCGGAAGACGAGCAUUUUGCGAGUUUGAACUCAAGAAAUGAGAAAUCAAACGAAGAAAUGUUACAAGCGGAAGGCAAUCAGGUCGCAAAUGCACCAUUAAAUGAAGAAAAACUUAUUCCGCAAACAGAUCUAAGUUUGACUACGGCUAAAGAGGGAUGGAAAUUGUUUAACAACCAAAGUUCAAUGUUUAAACGCAUCUUGUUCGGUGUGAGGGAUAUGCUUGCAAUGAAUGAUGAGCGGACGGAUGAGGGUAAUGUUGUGGAAGACAGCAUACGUAACAAAGAUAAGGUCUCACAUCAAAAAGCUUUGUUCAGUGCAAAAGUUAAUUUCAAAUCUCAUACUAAAUCCAAGAAAAAUGGUCACAAAAAAUCAUCAAGAAAAUUGAAAAAGCGUCAUUGA